CCCACUUUCGCAUGCCAGAUCUUGGGUUGAAAACUCGAAGCUUCCAUUCCCUUCCCGGAUGCUGUCUGGUCCUCUCGUUUCGCCAGCAUUUCGUGUCUGCAAAGGCUGCAGGUUUUGGACAGCAAUUACGCUACCUACAAUGGCAGAAUAUUAUUUCACAGGUGACCAUACUACAUCGAAUCCUAGCUAUUAUGGAAGCCCUGCUCCUACGUAUGGUCUGAUUCCACCAGGUUACGCUCAGGCUGCUCCUCCUUACCCGACUCCACUCACAAAGAAUGGAAUGUAUGGUAAGGUUGGCAAUGUAACCAAUUGCCCACCCUACCCCCAAGAGCCACCACCUAUGCCAUGUAUGCAAAGCCCACCUUAUCCAACUCCAUCACAAGUUCCUUGUGCCCCUCCUGCAUACAGUCAAUACCCGUCAGUGGGCUUUGCCAUGCCAAAUCCUGUUGCUCCCCCUCCAAUUAUGCCUGCCUACGUCAACCAGCAAUCUUUAACAUCAUGCAUGGUCGCCCAGCAGUACCCUUUGGUACCACAAAUGCCCAACCAGCAGGUUUCUGCAACAACGAUGGUCAUGAUGCAAUCUAACAGAGGUGUACCAGCGAGUAUGAUGUACAGUGGAAAUCAACCUCCAGUCGUCUAUCAGAGGUCUUCAAAUAGCCUCACCAAAGAAAUUGCUUCUGCUGUCUUGACCAAAGUUGUGCAGCAUGUAAUUAAUCCAAAACCAAAAGUUAAGGGGCAGCAAAUAACAGUUAUAAAUGCACCGGGCAGUAUGGUCCUGCACAGAUGAAUGAGAAUGGAAUUUCCUCAUCUGGAUACAAGUCUACAACGGAAGCGGCGUUUUACUACAAUAUACUAUAUAUAUGACAGCCUUCACUGCAAACACCAACACUUAGCAUUAAAUAGAGCCAUCAUGGCUGAUUCUCUCACUAUCAGCAUUCUAGGGGUCACAAAUGAAAAUAAAACUCAAAUGGACCCACUACAUAAAUACCAUAAAUAGAAUAGCAGGUCAGAAGCUGAGUUUCCUGCAGCAAAUGAUAGCCUACAAAAUCAAAAAUUUAAAGUGCAGUACUUUCUGUAUAUUUUAUUUAAAAAAUGAUUUAAAAAUAAUUCUUAUUAAUCAUUAGUAUGUAGGACAUUGUGAGUCUUUUAUAUCAUUAUGUGCCUACUAAAACAACGUGAAACAGAUGAUAAUUUUUGCUUUAUAACUUUCCCUUGCAUCUUUAAAUUUGUAAAGACAUCACUGAAUUUUUAAUAACCAUAUACAGCAAGCAUUGUUCAAAAGUCCUAGGCAAUUGUCCCAAUUCCAAAAAAUAUGGUAUGUAAUCCCCCACCCUUAACUUUCAAUGCCGUAGCCAUCGUUGAGAUACCUAUUAAAAAUAUCCAGGAGGUUCACUGUUGACCAGAAACCCAACUGAACCAGUGACAUAUAUACAAUGAUUGCAAUAGCUGUUCAGAAUCUGGGUGUCCUUUGGUCGUUGACUAUCCACCAUCUGCAAGGCACAAAUGAAGAGGCAGAAACUCUCAAGAGACUUGACAGCAUCCAGGACAAAGCCUCCUGAUAGUUGACACCUAACCAUUAUGUAUUUGCUAGACAACUGGUGCAGAGUGUCUCCAAUGUGGAAUAAGAGUGCACUGUAGUUACUCGCCCAGACUGCUAUGACAGCACUUUACCCAAAUCUAGAACUUCCCAACACUGGGAAAAGGACUUUGGGUGCAGGGGAACAUGGCCAUCUGCUAGUUCCUCUUCAAGUCUCAUACCUUGCUGACUUGGGGAAACACAACUGUUUUUUAAAUGAUGUUUAAUCAAGAGGACAUGACUUCAUAAUUAAGGGACAGAAGUUUAGGGGUAACAUGAGGGGAACUUCUUUACUCAGAGAGUGGUAGUGGUGUGAAAUGAGCUUCCAGUGGAAGUGGUGGAGACAGGUUCGUUGGUAUCAUUUAAAAAUAAAUUGGAUAGGCAUAUGGAUGAGAAGGGAAUGGAGGGUUAUAGUAUGAGUGCAGGCAGGUGGGACUAAGGGAAAAAAGAUGUUCGGCACGGACUUGUAGGGCCGAGAUGUCCUGUUUCCAUGCUGUAUUUGUUAUUGUUAAUCCAAAAUCCAGGAUACUCUGCUCAACAGCAAUGUGAGAGUAACUUCAACUGGAGGAUUGCAUUGUUCAAGAAUACAGCUCGCCCACACCUUUCCAAGGGCAAUCAGGGAUGGUAAUAAUCGAUGGCCUUGCCAGUGAUGUCUAGAGCCCAAAAUUGAAUGGGUUUUUUCCCCACCACCAUUUGCCCCAUUUCCUGAGCUAUUUUCACCCAGUCUAGCAAUGCAAAUUCAAGAGGUAUGUCUUUGAACGUGAACAUUUGCAACACUUAAUCAGCUCUGCCCCAGGCCUUGAGCCCAGGAAUAAAUGAAGAUGCAGUGGGGAGCUAAGAAUCAAAACUGUGUAGGAAAAGACUGCAGAUGAUGGUUUAAAUAAAUAUAAAAUUCUGGAGUAACUCAGCGGGACAGGCAGCAUCUCUGGAGGGAAGAAAUGGGUGACAUUUCGGUUCAAGACCCUUCUUCAGACAUCAAAAGAAGGGUCUCGACCUAAAAAACAUCACCAAUUCCUUCUCCCCAGAGAUGCUGCCUGCCCCGCUGAGUUACUCCAGCAUUUUGUGCUUAUCAAGAAUCAAUUGAAUGCCCUUUGCAUUUAUAGCACCUUGUGGGAAUAUUAGAAUUCCUUGGCAAAUGUUGGUUAAAAUUUGAAAUAAUCCAAACAUUGGUGCUGAAAAUUCUUCCAAAUAAAAUAUUCCACCAUUUACUGAGAAGGCUGUGACAACAUUGCAUGACUGUCAUUAAAAGAUGAAUUAAAGAAAAUAUGUACCUGAAUUGGUAACAACCAAAAUUUCCAGCUGAUUUUAAAAAUCUAGCAUAUUUAACUUACUUUAAAAAAUCUAAAAGCGGAGAUGGAGUGUCAAUCGAUCUUUACUGAAAUUUGCAACUUACAUAAACGAUUUAUUAACAGCAUUAGUCAAUUGACAACUUUCUAAUUAGAUUGUUAGGAAGCUUUGGGGAUAAACUGGAGUUCCGGAGAGAAAUAGCAAUAACAGGAACUCAGCAGAACAAUGAUAAUAAAUAUAAUACAAUAAUGAGCAUUUUAGGUUAUCAAAAUAUAAUCAUCAACAGUAGACAGAGUUUGUGAGAAAAAAUUGAAAGACCAUGGUUUAUACAUUAGAGUGGUCAUUUCAAGGCCCAAUGAUGCAUUGUAAUGGAAAGGACUUCAUUAAGCUUUGUGUUUGUUGUUAGCUGACCUUUCAUUAGCAUUUGAUUUUACAACAUUAUUAAGAUUUGGGAAAAUGUAGUUUGAAGUCAUUUAAUGUAAUAAUAACUACAUUAUAUUGAGUGAACCUACAUAUAAA